GCGGCCGGCCAGACGAACUCUCGGUGCCAUUGCUCUUCGGCCGUAACGCAGGGAUCAGCUUCGUGUGUCUUCGAACCAGCAUUCAGGAAGGAAUUGGCGUUGGAGUACAUUGGCAUAUUCGCGCGUGCAAGUGUUAGAGUGGAGUCAUGAGGGUGAGGAAGGUCCCGAAGGCCGAGGUGGAGAAGCCUGCCACAGAUGCCAAGGAGGAGGAAGAGACCAACGGGGAUGCUGCCCCGCCAGCUAAGAAGGCCAAGGCUGAACCAGCCAGGACGCGUCCCCAGCGCGAGAGCAAGUCGGCGGGUGGACGGCGCGUGAGCAGCCUGGAGGCGGCCGCCAAGGAGGGCGAGGCCCUGCUCAAGGAGCUCGGCCACAAGGACAGCAGUGACCCGGACAGCGGCCGCAGGCGCACCCGCUCCCAGACGCGGGGCACCCCGGCUGCUCCGCCCGCACGGCAGCAGCGCCAGUCCAGGGCGGCUGAGCCCGCACGGAAGGCCCCUGCCAAGCCGGCCCGCGGUGCUGCCAAGAAGGCUGCUGCCUCCAAGCGCAGCAAGAAGGAGGAGGACGAAGAGGAGGAAGAGGAGGAGGAAGCCUCUGCCGAGGAGGCCUCGACGGCAGCCACCAACGAAGACGAGUCGGCCGACAGCAAAGGCAAGAAGGACGAGAAGAAAGACGAAGUGAACAACGACGAGGAUGCGAGCAAGGCCCGGCAAGAGGACUCUGAGGACGACGACGCCGACCACAAGGAGGAGCCAGAGGUCAACAACAAGGAAGAGAAGGCGACCACAGACAGCAGCAGCAGCAGCAGCAAGGCGGCCACAACGACAGCCGAUGCAAAAGUGGACACCGAGCCACCAAUUGCCAAGGAGAACGCCGUCGCAGGGGACAGUGUGGCAGCGCCGCCGGCUGCAAAGCCACCGGCCACCAAGCCACUGGAGGAAGUGGCCGCCUAGUGUGCAUGGUUGUCGUUGACGGCUGUGCGCUCUCCCUCUGGCAGGCGCUGCACCCUCUUUCAGAUCACACACACCUCUCUUCGCAUCAUCCCAAUGUGAAGCCUGUUUGUUGCAGGCUUUGAGAGCUUCUGGUGCUCAUUGGCGUUGCACCACUUCUCCUCGGGUUCUUCUUUUUUCUUUUUUUGAUAACCAUGUUUGAGCGAGGUCCACCCUGGCGACGCGUGGAAUGGGUUUCAAUAGUUUCCGCUUCCUGCUUGCACCCCACCCCCCAUCAGUCUUCUUUCUUGGGCUCUGAAGCAACAUCCAUAUUUAUUUGUCCCGUUGCAUAUUCACUCAACUUCUGUGGGUGUAGGUUGGCCCCUGGCGAUGUCAAAAAGCGCCGUGCAAGGCGCAUGAGUGCGCGAGCUGCUUGCCAUUUCUGCUGUUUACUCUUCGACAGCGCCCUGUGUGAUGGAUGCAGAGGGCUUGCUUGGUAGAUAAGGCUAAGCGUGGGUUUGAAGUCCUAUGUGCUUGGGUGUGACUUGGUGGCAUCGAAUGCACCUACAGUGCCGCAUUGGCGGUGAGCUCUAUAUCCUGGUAUGUUGGCACGUGCAGCACGUGCCGUUGCCACUUGCACGUGCUGGCCGGCACUGUUUCAUUGAAUCACUAUGCCUUGCAAAGAGUGAAUACGGCGCAACUUGCGUGAGUUGGCUCCGAUUGUUAAAUCAUAGAUACCACUUUUGUUAGCUGUCGGCUUGCUUGAUUUUGAAUGUGACUAGCACGCCUUUGCAGCAAACAGGAUCCACAUUGGGAUUACAUUGAACAAAACGACAAGGGAGCUGCGGCGCUUUUGUGAUCAUUUGAUGACCCAGUCAUUCUACCUUUUUUUUUUCCCUGAAACCUUUCAUUAUGUCACGGGCUGCUGGAUAGCCACACUCAUGCAGGAAUCGUUUACGAUGAUGUCCGCAGCUUGCCUGCAGUUUUGAUUAGCCGUUAGUGAAUGCGGGGUUUGUAUGCCAGCAACUGUCCCCAGCAGGUGUGGUCCUCACCGUACCAGCUUGUGCAGACUUGUUGCUUGGCACGGGUUGAACUUAGUAUGUAUUUCUUUAGCUGCUUUUACUAUGCUUGUUUCCGUUUUUCAUCCACGAGUCGUGUUCAUUUUCUUCUUUGUGUUUGGUCCUGCAGUAUGGCUUUUACAGGAGGAGGUGUGAUUGGCAAAGCAUGCGAAUUCGUCUCUUCAAAAUUUUUUUCUUCAAAGCGAAAUUGUUUAAUACGAUGCUCUUUUGGACGUUCUUCCUUAGUGCAGGCAGCUGUGUACAAGGCCAAGCUUCUAUUCUGAAAGGGAUGAAGAGGCAGUAGCCAGUCUUACCUAUAAUCUGCGUACUGCAGAGAAGGGUGUGUCACACUGCGAGCAUUGUGAAAUGUACAUCACAGCUGCCAGCACUAAGGGCUACUUUCAGGGAGCCCGUCACAGUUAUCCUUUCUUUCCCUCUUUUUUCUUUUUAUACCGUCGUUUAAAACUUGCAUGCCCCUUGGGCAAAAAAGGGUAUCUGUGUUCAUUUUCUUCUUCAUUCAAUCAUGAUUGUAGUUGGCAAAAAUUGCGCGGAGUCUUUUCUUGUAGAUUUGUAUUGUCCAUUGAAAUGGUGGUAGCAUAGCUGCAAACUCCUGCUGUUUGUUUGGUAUCAUGUCAUUCUGCCAAGAAGUCAGUGGCAUCUGGAGAUUGGAAGGACGCUGGUUUUUUUUGGCUUCAAACUUAAAAUGUUUCUGAAGAGUGUUGUGCUUGGUUAGCAAUUCGGGGGCCUGCUGAAGCUUCUAUGACAUUAAGACAGGGCAUGCGUUUACAAUCUUUCAUUAGCUGCAGCCCCGUUUCCCCCCCCCCCCCCUGUGCCCUUUCGAAAAGCUACCACUCAGAACAAAGUGUUUCCGUGUGGCGGUGCACUGUAAAUACACGCAUUUGCUUCCUUGGCACCUUUGUCAAUUUAAUUCAAAUUGGCUCUUCAACAUGCUCAUUUUGGCUCAUGUCAGAUGUACUAUUCUCUCUUUUUCCGGGCAUACCCAUGCAUGCUGCCAUUUUUUUUCUUCAUUUAUUGUGCUGGUUGACGAGGGGCACGGACAGUGUGUGUGUGUGUGCAUUUGGAAGUGUGGGUGGCUGGUGCAUUCUUGCGCAAAUAGCUUUGGCUGACCAAGCUGCUGCUUUUGCGCAGAGCUCAAGUCCUGGAAGCCUCAUCAAGUGAAGUGCGAAUGCUCCUUGGUCAUCUGGUGUUAAAGUCUGUCUGUGUGUGGGUUCUUUGAAAGGUCGCCCCUCCCCGCCUUCUGUUUUAUUAGUGGUGGCUGCCUGUCCUUUUUAAGGAUUUAGCAUCACCUCUGUCUGAACUGAAUGUACAGGAGCAAGCCUUGGUGUGUUCUGUGGAGCUUACAUCCACUGCCACUUCUGCUUGCACAUUGUUGUGUUGUGGGACUGAUGGGACGGAGCGGGGAGCCCAGCCCAGAAGGAAUGCAUUAGCAAGCAGUUGCGUGUGUGGUAUGGUGUUGGCCUGUGUUUUUUUCUACUCUGUGCUGCGAGCUCACGUGUGCCAAUUGUCAUUUCAAAUGCAGUGGCAUGUAGUCAGACUGGUUUGGAUGGGUCUCGAAGAAGCGUGUUUUGUUAGAAGGCCUUCGUAUUGACUUGGGGCUUGUCAGCAUCAGCAGACCAUGACUGAGUCUGUUGGAUAGUUUCACAACUGAGCUGAGUAAACAAUGAUUAUAGAAAUUACAUUUUCUCUUUGCAGAAUCGUUAUUGGUCGGUGAAAACUCGGUGACCUCACGCUUUGCGGGCGGAACUGUAGUAAGCCGUCUUGAAAGAAUGUGUUUAGAUUAGGCUGGAAAAAGCAGUUGAGGCACUGGAUUUUGUUUUCCUGAAAGGUUAGUGUGCUGAACCUAAGCUCUCUCUUAGUGUUUCUGUCUGACUUGAAAGCUGCAAACCUCCGUAAUGUUUAUAAAGCAUGGGGCUGGUUUGCUUGCUGUGACGACUAUUUUUGCACAUACCCACGAACAUUGCUGUCAAUAAUAUGCUCCUUGUUCUCCUUGCGACCUCCUGUCUGAGUGCUUCGCAAAGUGGCCGUUUUCAUCCUUUCGCUCCUCUUCCUUUUCUAACAGCCGUGCAUUUUUGUAGUUGUACACGUUUCCAAUGUUCUGGUCUUUCAUCAUUUCAUUGUUUAUUUUUUUUCUAUUCAUUCAUGAUGAUGGCAAAUGUAAAUUCACAAUAAAAUUUCCAUCAAAGUAUGC